CAGUUGGAGCCGGCAAGGGACCCUGGCGGCAGUAGCCCCAUGAUGGGCUUGGCUUAAGCUCAGGGGAAGCCUGGAUGGAUGCUGUGAUUCCAGCCAGGAGCUCAGCAGACCUGCUUCUCCUGCAGUGGGCAUCAGCAGCUCCCAGGCUAACCAGCAGCUCCUCUCCUCACAGGUGCUGCUGCCUUUCAGCAUCUCCAAGACACAGGCUGUGUGUGAGAGGGCUUUGGGGCGCAUCUGGAAGCUUAGUGGCUUCAUGACCAGCAGUUUCUGGCAGCAGCCCCUUGGAAAAAACCUUGCCCCUUCUCAGAGGACAGACAUUGCCCUUGUAACCCUGGAGAAGAUCAUUGGGGACUACGGUUUUGAUGAGAAGAAGUGGGCUGAGACUAUGCUGGAUGUGCUUCGGAGAGACCCUGGCACCUGGCUGAUGGAUGUGCCAGAGAUUCUGGGAUUCAUCCACGCCAACCUGAAGAUCCAGAGCACAUCAGUUCAGCAGAUCCUGCUCUCAGUGCUGGAUGUGCUGACCGUCCAGUUUCCCAGGGAUGUGCUGAGGAGUGUGUUGACCGACCUCCCACAGAAUGACAGCACUACCCUGGACAUACUGAAGAGUGUGCUGACCCUGCUGGAAGCAUCCAAGCGGAUCUGGGAUGAGCUCAGCAGUGUUCUACAGGACCAACAGCUGUGUGAGAUAUUGAGCAUCAGCACAGAGGAGUUGGGCCUCCUUCGCUUGACUGCGAUGCCUCCCACUGAAGAGCUGGUGAAGGAGCUGUGUAAGCCAGCACUGCUCCAGAAGCUUCUGAAUGUGGAAAGCCUGCCAGUGCUCUGGCUGGUGCUCAGACGUCUCGUGCUGCUGUCUGAUAGACCUGAGACGGCAAUUGAAAUCCGGGCCCUGCUUCCAGGCGUCAUGGAGAACCUGCUGUUUGCCAACACAGCCAUUACUGUGAAGGUGCUGAAUAUCUUCAGGAAUGCAAUGCACCAUCUGGGGAAGAGGCACGCCAGUCCGUUUGCUCUGGAGCUGGCUGAGAAGAUCCUGCCUCUUUUUAAUCACGCAUCAUCUGAAGUGCGAGAAGGUUCCAUCCGCCUCUUCAAGGAUGUGAUGGAUGCUGUGCUGUGGUCUCAGAAGGGAAGCAUGAAGAAGACCGUGCGCAGGGGCCUGCUCCCUCUGCUCUUUCACAUGAGUGACGAGACCCCGAGCGUAGCACAGGCAUCUGGGGAAGCCCUUGUGUCCUGUGCAAAGUUCCUGAAGUGGAAGGAGCUCAAGCAGCAGGCCCGGCAGAAGAACACAGUGGGGAUCAUGAAGUGUUUGCUGCAGCAGGACAGAAAGGGAGUGGAAGGCUACCUGCAGCAGAGCCUGCCAUACCUGGAGGAUUCUCAGGCCUCCUUGCGAUGCGAGGCUGUCAGAUUCAUUGGGCUGAUUGGGAAGCACGCCAGGGAGCAGAGUGAGGAGAUGCUGAAUGAACUCUGCAGUGCCCUUCAGCCUUUGGAAGAUGACCCCCAUCUGACAGUCCGUUCUGUGGCAUCUGAGACCAUCCAGAAGCUGAGACACCAAAGGCAGAAGGCGGCACCAGCACGGAGAAGGCUCCCAGCACUUUUCCGCUGGUCCUGCAUAGCCUUCUGAGGGAUAAUUCUUGUUCAUUAACGUUGCUAG